CCCUACAGACGCAUUCACACAGAGCCAGACAGAGCAGCCUGUCCUCACAGCACAGCACAGCCAUGAGUACCCUCGGCUUUGACCCUUACUACUCAUCCUCCUCCUAUCGGCGCUGGUAUGUGGAGGGAGCCCCCCGCGGAGUGGUGACCAGGGGGAGGUCACGAUCGGCCUACUCCUCCCACGCCUCCCCCCUCUCCUCCUCCAUGAGCUCCCGUCUGCAGUACUCCUCUCCUGGCCGGUCUCUGCAUUCAUCCAUGGCCUCUUCCGUGGAGCUGGAGCUGAGCCAGGCGGCCCAGGUGAGCUCUGAGUUCCGCACGGUGAGGACCCAGGAGAGGGCCCAGCUGCAGAACCUCAAUGACCGCUUCGCCGGUUUCAUCGAGCGAGUACGGGAGCUGGAGCAGCAGAACCGUGCGCUGGAGGCUGAUUUGGUGAUGCUGAGGCAAAGGCACAGUGAACCAUCCCGCCUGGCGGCCCUGUAUGAGCAGGAGGUGCGGGCCCUGAGGGCCGCCGUGGAGGAGGCACGUGGGGAGCAGCAGGCCGCCCUGGGCCAGAGGGAGCAUCUGGAGCAGACCCUGAGCGCCCUGCAGGCCCGCUACGAGGAGGAGGUGAUGGCCCGUGAGGACGCAGAGGGCAGGCUGCUGGAUGCACGGCGUGGUGCCGACCAGGCCGCCCUCGCCAGGGCUGAGCUGGAGAAGAGGGUGGAGACCCUGCUGGACGAGGUGGCCUUCCUCCAGAGGCUCCACGAGGGGGAGGUGGUGGAGCUCCAGGCCCAGGCCCAGCUGGGGGCCCAGGUAGCUGUGGAGAUGGAGGCAGCCACGCCGGACCUGUCCGGUGCUCUGAGGGACAUCCGGGCCCAGUACGAGAGGCUGGCGGCCAAGAACAUGCAGUCUGCUGAGGAGUGGUUCCAUGGGAAGGUGGGCUCCCUGACGGAGAGCGUGGCCCAGCACAGCGACGCAGUGAGGAGCUCCAGGGAUGAGGCAGGGGAGUACCGCCGGCAGCUCAAGGCCCACCUGCUGGAGAUCGAUGCCUGCAGGGGCCUCAACAAGUCUCUGGAAAAACAGCUACACGACAUGGAGGACAAGCAGAGCGCUGAGAUCAGCAGCAUGCAGGACACUAUUGGCCAGCUGGAGAAUGAGCUGAGAGCCACCAAGCAGGAGAUGGCUCGCUACCUGAAGGACUACCAGGACCUGCUGAAUGUUAAGAUGGCCUUGGACAUUGAGAUCGCUGCCUACAGGAAGCUGCUGGAGGGGGAGGAGUCUCACUUCAGUGUGGGCGUGUUAGGGGGUAUGUCCAGUGUCUAUGGCCACACCUUGUCAGUCACACCCUCCUUCGGCCGCUCCAUGUUCUCAAUGCAGUCUAGCCUGAGCUCUGGCGCCCCCUACCUGAUGACCUCGCGCUUACUCAGCUCCUCAUUUGCCUCUGGAGAUGACAUAAUCUCUGCCAGCCUGGCCCAACGGGACUCUGCCAGCCCACCACAGGAGGAGGAAGAGGAAGCGGAAGAGAAGGAAGAGGAGGGACAGGAGGAGGAAGAAGAGGGUGGAGAAGAGAACGAGGAAGGUGGGGAUGAGGGAGGCGAGGAGGAGAAGGAAGAUGGAGAACAAGAUGGUGAUGAGGAAGAAGAGAAGGAAGAAACUGCAAAGGAGGAUGGAGAGAAAGCGGAAGAUAAGGACGAGGGUGGGGAGCAGGAUGGAAAGGAAGGCAAGGAAGAGGAGGGGGGAGAGAAAGAGGGAGGAGAUGAUAAAGAAGGGUGUGAUAAAGAUGAAGAGGUGAAAGAUGAGGAUAAAAAAGAUGCCGAAGCAGAUACCAAAGAAGAGAAGGGUGAACCAGAGAUAUCCAAGAGUGAGGAGAAGAGAGAAACACCUGCCAAAGAGAAGAAAGACGAAUCUGAAAAACCAAAGGCUAAAAAGUAAGUUUGUGGCCCAAGAACACACAAGCCAAAAGACAGACUAACAAAACCUCAGCUCGGCAAACAGCAGAAAUACCCAACAUUAACGACUCCAGUGUGCUUGUAACAAGGUGCUCAAUACAAUACGUAUUUUAGUGCACUAAUGCAUCAAAAUCAAGGUUAACUGCUUACAGUUAUAAGUCAAUAAAGUCAAUAAAGGUCACACAAUUCCUCAAGUGUGUGUGUAAGAGUGUGUGUGCUGUGCCUGUGCAAGUCUGUGAGAGUGUGGUUUUGGAUGGUUGAAUAAAUACUAUUGAAAGCCAUGCAGAAUGUAUUAGAAUGUUUUUGUCCUU